AUGUGCCACCACGGUCACCGAAUCAACUUCGCCGUCUCCCUGCGGCCACCGACACGAGACCUGGAGGAUGGGAGAAGGGAGAGUGGCCUUGGGGGCAUCCGCAACAUCGCCGACGUGAGGGGACAACCACCACCGCCACCGCGGAGCCGACCGGACACGCGGACAAGGGGCCUGCCAGGCACCGAGGCCCGGCCGGACCCAAAAGGGUCCGGACAGCCCCUGCCGUCACGCUGCAGCUCGCCGGCCAACGAAGCCGCCACCGCCCGCAAACCACCACCACUUCACCACCAACCAGGGAGCAACGCCGCCACGCACCGAGUCGCUGGCCCGCCCAAGCCCAGAUGGAGCCCGAAAGGGCCCAGAUCUGGGCCGCGCGGGCGCCGCCGGCCACCACCACCGCCACGCCGCCCCGCGGCCAACGGCCGCGCCGCCGCACCGAGAACCACGGAGCUCGCCGGAAUCCCGCCGCCGAACCCCACCGCAGCGGCCGAGCUGCACCGCCGCCAUCGAGAGGCCCCCGCGCCCCCAAGAGCGAGCGGGGAAGGGACGGCCCGCCGCCGCCAGCGCCGCGCGGGCAGGGCCCAGCGGCUCCGGCCGGCGGCGGCGGGGAGGGAGAUGUACAGGGAGGAGGCCGACGGAGAGGAGGCAGGGGACCGCCCGUCGCCCAAAGCUAAUGUGGUUCUAAUCUCCUUCCUCUAA